AUGGUUCGUCUCAAACACCGGUACAUCUUAUUUGAUAUUCUAUAUCCUCCAAGCUCAGAUCCUAGGACGGGCCGUGAGAAGGAAAAGUUCCAGAAUUUCCAAUCGUCUACUAAGGACACUCUUCUUUCGCUACAUGAGACAUCACCGAAUUCUAUCAAUGCUCGAUCAAUAGCCCAUCUCUUGAAGAACGUCGUCGAAGACCAUUUUGGUGACUUUGGAGGCGGCACCGUUGGGCUGCUGAUAAUUGUCAAGUACUUCAGUAACAGAACUUCCACGGGAAUCAUACGAUGCAGCAGAAACAACUUUCACCAGGUCAUGGCUGCCUUAGCACUAGUGACUAAAGUGGACAAUUACGAUGUUGUAAUGCGGUGUGUCCAUGUCAGUGGCACCAUCAAGAAAUGUGAACAGUUUUCCAUUCGCAGAAACAAGCAGCUCAUCAUUGAGAUGGGCCAAGAGAAGUCGAUGCAAAGUAACAUGGACGAGCUCAUUUCCAUGUUUGGGAAAGGCGACGAUUCAGAAGAGGAGGUUUAA